AAAGUACUUAAGUGUACCCUAAAUAUAGCGUCGCCACCACAUUGGUGCCUUCAAAACGGCACCCACCUAAACAAACGUCGGCAUGGUCUCGCUGUGGUCCUUCCGGCACGUCCUACUGGUCACCUGUCUGCUUGUCCAUGCCAGCCUUCUCGCAGCUUUAGCAGGCGACAUUACUCGUCGUCAAGACGAGAACGUCGAUGCCAAUGGGACUAUCCAGGCAUCGCCAAACAAUGAUGCGGCCACCGAUGUCGUUCAAAGUGCAGUUCCUCCAACGGCUGUUGCCGUCCCCACUGCUGCACCACUGGUGCCUCCUGUGAUGGACGACACUGCGCUUAAAGUCUGUUUGGCGACGGUGGACAAACUCUCGCUUGACGCCGCGGUCGUUGCUAAGCAACGUACGUCUCUCAAGCCUUCGUUCAGUUUCGACACUUGAUGACGGCGGCGACGGAACUGGCCAACGCGGCCCAACGGUCCAUGGAAAAAGAAGCCAAAGAGAACAUCCGAGCGCAAGCCGAGCUGGCCGCGUACAAGCGGAGCCACGUCGAUGCGAUGGCGUCCGAAGUCCAGCUGCGCGAGUCAGCCGAGCGCGAAUUGGCGACGCAAAAGGACGCGUCGUUCGCAAUCGCCAAGGAGUUGGAGGCUCACAAGCAGGCGGUGGACGGGCUCAAAGAUGAACUGUCGAAGGAAAUCGAGCGGUCGCUGGAGCUCAAGCGAGCUGAGGGGGUCGCCGCCACGGCACUGCUGGACAAAGUUGUGGCCUACGAUCUGUUGAUCGACAAGCACAAGGCCCUUGAAAGCGUAUACAACGACGCAUUGGAGCACUUGGCGCAUCCGAUGCUGUCAGAAUACUUGAGGGCCCGAGGCAACGAACUCGGGGACAUGCGCCCGGAACUUCGCGCGGCGCUCGAAAAGGCCAAGAGCGUCAUGGCACUGCCGUCGAACGUCCUCGAGAAGCUUGACCGCGGCAAGCAAGCGCUGCUCCAAGGCCACGAGCACCUCCGCAGCGGCGUCGCGCCGUACGUGGGCGACAAGCACGCAGCGUCGGUGAGCGUGGGGCUCCUGGGGCUGCUGAUGCUGCCGCCGCUGUACGUCGUCUACCGCUUCGUUCACGGCGUCCAGCGCGCGCUGCAAGCCCACCAUUUUGUUCUGGUGCUGAAUUUCGUGGCCUCGAGCUACUUUGCCGUCGUCGGCGCAUCCUCGAUUAUGUACCACGAAGACGUGCUCCACAACCUACAAAAGCACAAUCCCCCCGCGUCCGCCCUGCUUCAGUUUGCCACGCUAGGGGUGUUCAUAGCGCAGUUGUGGUGGAGCGGCGUGUUCGUGCUGGUUCUGCUCGACUCGCGCCUGAAGUAUGCCCAGCUGGUCCACGUUGCAGCGUCGGUGGGGGUCGUGGUACACUACUACGAGCACGUGUGGACGCUCGCCAUGCUAGACCAGGAGCACCAGCUGCAGGACUCACUCUUCUUCAUGUACGCGGUCGUGUACGCCGCGGGACUCGUGCCGGCGCUCGUCAGCGGCGCCAAGCUCGUCAACUGCAUCCAAUCGACAUCCGUGGUGGCGAGACCCCUCGACAGCUUGAAGCGGUCGUGAGGAUCAAAUCGACACGAGGGAUGUGUAGCGAGUAGUAGCAUGAAAACAAGACUACAAGAAGAUUCUGCCUUAUACAUCGAAGCGUUUAUGCA